GGCCCCUCCCCAUCCGCGGGCGGCGGCUGACGUGUUAGUGCGGAGCGGCGGCGGCGCUGGAACCAUCAUGUCGAAAGUCACCUUCAAAGUGACGCUCACCUCGGACCCGCGGCUGCCCUACAAAGUGUUAAGUGUGCCUGAAAGUACACCUUUCACAGCUGUCUUGAAGUUUGCUGCAGAAGAAUUCAAAGUUCCUGCAGCAACAAGUGCCAUUAUAACAAAUGAUGGUAUAGGAAUAAACCCUGCACAGACAGCAGGAAAUGUAUUUCUAAAGCAUGGUUCAGAUCUACGGAUUAUUCCUAGAGAUCGAGUUGGGAGUUCUUAACAUCUCCUGAAAGCUUUGACAUAAGUGACAUUGCCAUGAAGCAAAGGUCUGUUUAUUUUGGAACUCCAAACCGCAGCUAAUGAAUUGGCCUUUUUUAAAAGCUAGCAAAAAUGAGUUUCCAGGAUUUGAUUUUUUUUGAAACAGAGAUAAGGUUUUAUUUUCUUGUUCAAAUAUAUUAGCUCAUGCUCUCAUUCUUCCCUGACUAGUAGAAAAAUGGUCUGAUUGGAUGUUAUGUUCCUGAAAGAAAGAUGGACUUCUGUAUAGGUGUUACUGACACUGCAAGGGUAAACACACAACCGCAAUCAAUUGAUAUUUAAAGUAUUGGAAAACAUUGAGCCUCCUUUGUGGAAGGGGGAACUAUGUUAUCAUUUUGCUACAAAUAAAUUGUUCCUACUGAGUGCUAAAACUUCUUUUUUUCUUUCUUUUUUUUUUUUUCUAAACUUAAUUCCAUCUUUAGAGGAACAGUUUUCACAUGGUUCAAGUGUUAAGCUCAAAUAGAAGGGAAAUUUCAGGGGUUUACUGCUCAAAUAAGUAAAUAACUACCAAACAUCCCAAAGCAAUUGCAAGAUUUAAUUGCUGCAAAUAUUUUAGAUAAAGGAGAAAGCAGAUGUUUCUCUCUAUUAAUACGUCAUUUGACAUAUUGUGAAGUUAAAUUAAAUGCAGUUUCUGAGAAUUUAUAAGACCUAAUCUCUUCACUUGUGCUAUCAGCUGAGAAGAAUUGCAGCAUAAUUUGGGAAUUUGUAGGUACUGGUCAAAUACGUCAUUCCUUUUUCAGUAAAUUAAUACUGGUUCUUUCUAAAAGUUUUGUUUUGUUGCUGCAUGUUACAUGGGAAACAGUGUAGAAUUCAUUGAAAUGUUUGUUUUCAGAUUACAUGCUUCUUGUUUAUAAGUUGCCGGGGUAAACUAUCUGUUGUGUAUUUCAAUUACAGAAAUUGCUGCUUUUCUUGAACUGGUAAUCUACUUUAUGAUGUAAUAUAUUUGGCAAAAUCUCACCCUGUUACAUUUUUUUUUCUGUCCUGAUGAGGUUAACAGGAAGAACAGUGGGCAAUGUAUUGCUUGGUUAAAUGAGUAUUGUCACAAAUAAAACUGUUCUGUGCAA